AACCCCGUCUCCGACCGCCCUCCGGCCGCCGCGAUGCCGAACCUCGAGUGCCGGAUGUACGAGCCGCAGUUCCCGGAGGUGGACGCGCCGGUGAUGAUCCAGGUGAAGCACAUCGCCGACAUGGGCGCCUACGUCUCGCUGCUCGAGUACAACAACAUCGAGGGCAUGAUCCUCUUCUCCGAGCUCUCCCGCCGCCGCAUCCGCUCCAUCUCCUCCCUCAUCAAGGUCGGCCGCCAGGAGCCCUCCAUGGUGCUCCGUGUCGACCGCGACAAGGGCUACAUCGAUCUCUCCAAGCGCCGGGUCUCCGAGGAGGAGGCGCUCACCUGCGAGGACCGCUACAACAAGUCCAAGCUCGUGCACUCCAUCAUGCGCCACGCCGCCGAGACGCUCGAGGUCGACCUCGAGCCCCUCUACGAGCGCAUCGGCUGGCCCCUCUACCGCAAGUACGGCCACGCCUUCGAGGCCUUCAAGCUCAUCGUCACCGACCCCGACGGCGUGCUCGACGUCCUCACCUACGAAGAGAAGGAGAUUGGACCCGAUGGCCAGGAGGUGACUAAAGUUGUACCGGCUGUCACUCCUGAGGUUAAGGAUGCCCUGGUGAAGAACAUAAGGAGGAGAAUGACGCCACAGCCACUCAAGAUCCAAGCUGAUGUUGAAAUGAAAUGCUUCCAGUUUGAUGGUGUUCUCCACAUUAAGGAAGCCAUGAAGAAAGCUGAAGCUGCUGGAAAUGCUGAUUGCCCUGUGAAGAUUAAGUUAGUUGCUCCUCCGCUCUAUGUUCUGACCACACAGACACUUGACAAGGAACAGGGGAUCGCAGUUUUGACAAAUGCAACCAAAGUUUGCGCUGAGACAAUUGAAAAGCACAAGGGGAAAUUGGUGGUGAAGGAAGCAGCUAGAGCCGUGAGCGAGAGAGAUGAUAAACUAUUUGCGGAUACAAUCGCUAAGCUGAAGUUAGCAGGUCAGGAGGUUGAUGGCGACGAGGACAGCGAGGAGGAGGAAGACACUGGAAUGGGCGAUGUGGAUUUUACAAAACCUGGUGUUGGUACAGACUGAAUCUCCUCUGGUACUACACUAGUUGUAGUUGGAUGAGAUUACUUGUACAGCAGCGCCAACAAGAAAAGAAUAUGUUAAGAAGGAUGUUUGGUUGCUCCUGUUUGUGGAGGCAGAUUACUCCAUUAGAUGGUGGUGGUUAUGGUUUCAGUUGUAGGCUACCUGUAGUUUUGAUUUGGUUUGGUUUUCUUGGAACGCUAAUGCUGAAUGCUGUUAGUUUCACUCUUGCCACAUGUUUUGAUCAACAUUUAUAUACUUACAUGAAAUUUUCCUCA